AUGACAGUGAAGCCAAAGCCACGGCAUUUAAAAGAGCACAUUAUUUGUUUUGAAAUCGAUAGAAGCUGUAAAACGGGUGUGCCGGAGUUGCCGUCAGGGGCGCUUCCUAGCGUCUCACCUCUCGAUAAGCGGGCAACAAAGGCGGUCGUAACUCAACGCGACAGUUCAGCGGGCAUCGACGCAACUUCUGCGCUGAGGAAGCGGCGUCGGAAAGCACCGGCGCUGGCCUCAGUCCGGUUUAAUUACGUCUGUUCUUCCCGACCUUCCGCUCUUCAGCUAGAGAAUGAACCGCACUACGGCGGGGCGGCCGUGCAAUUUCGGAUCGUAAAAUCCGUAAUUCGCGCGGGGUCUGAUGGAUCUGUCAUCACGGCUUUAUGGCGCCAAAUUAUACGGCGCGGUGCGACGCGGCACCGUUUUUCUCGCACUGGUCCCAGCCCGUGCCGAUUCCGCAAAUUGGGUCGGCUGGUGGCCAGCCCUCGAUGCCCGACCGUCGCCAUCGGAAUUAGG